CGAGAAGGAAGGCCCAUGGGCCCUUGUCCUUUUGGGCUUUUUCUAAUCUCAUUGGACUCUACUUAUCGGCAAAAUAUCGGCUUAAAAGCUUUGAAUCACUUCGAACGGUUCCCUCGUAAGUGCAUUCGAAUCGCAUUAAAUUUUAAGAAUAUAUUGGAACUAUAGUGAAGCAACUAUGCUAAAGUUUUCAACCCUAGAUCAUGACGUUUUCAACAGAUAUUCAACAUACAAGGAUAAAAAAUAACACCGUUGACAAUCCAAAAUUCUCUGUGGAUUUUCAUUUCAGAGAUAAAAUCGAUCUAGAUUUUUCAUAGCUGAUCUGAAAUCCAUACCGAUAUUGUACUGACGAGUUCUCGUUUCAUGACACUUCCUGUAUGAGAUAAUAAAAGUAAAAGAAAAAUCAAUUCAAAAAUGUUGGCUUAAGCCGAGAUGCUAAAUAAAAAAAAGUCAUGCCAGAUAUGAAAGAUCAGAUCUCGGACUGUCUUUCAAUGUAUUCAUCUUGAUUUCGAUUUUUCUGGCGAAUGUUUCUCAAUUGAAUUAAAUUUGCUUUAUUCAUCAAACUUCUUUUUUUGGAAUGACAGUACAAUAACCACAGACUUCGAAAGGCCCACCUUUUUUGACUCUCAUGUUAGUUGAAACACUGUCUGUUAUCUUCCACACGAAUAACUAACUAUGAUCAGUACUACUUAUUUUAUUUUUCAAUUGAAAAAUUUUCAUUAUUAAUAUAAUAUUUUCUAGUUUCUUUCAAUUGCUCAAUCUGAACGUAAUGCUUUAACAGAAAAAUUAUCAAUAACCAAAGAUGAUUUAUUACGUUUACAAGUUGAAUUUGAUAAAAUACGUCGUGAUGCUGCAUUGCAUCAUGAACAAGAUCGACAAGUGAUAUUAUCAUUGCAGGAUGAAUUAAAAAAAUUUCAUAUUAAAUUUGAAGACGCAACUAUAGCUAACGAUCGUGAUGUAAAAACAUUAACUGAUGAUAUUGAACAAUUACGACAACAACGACAAUUACAAAAUCAUGAAAAUUCUGAAUUAAAAACACAAUUAAAAUUAAAUGAAGAAAAUCGUGAUCAAUUAAAACGUGAUUUAAUUGAAAGUAAUCGACGUAUAAGAGAAUAUGAAGAAAAUCUAACAUUACAACGAAAAGAAAUACAAGAUUUAAAACGUUAUUUACAAGAUGAACAACGUGAUAAAGAAUUAUCAUUACGUUCAAGUGAUGAUUUACGUACAAAAUUAAAGAGUGUAGAAAAUGAAAAAAUUGAUUUAAGACAAUUAUUAGAAGAAGCUAAGCAAAGAAUUCUUGUACUCGAUGAACAAAGAUCUCAAUGUCUAAAAGAUGCUAAUGAUCUACGUCAUAAUUUACGUGAUGUUGAACGUUCACGAUUAGAAGCUCGACGUGAAUUACAAGAAUUACGUCGUCAUGUUAAAAUGCUUGAUAGUGAAACGAAAAAGAAAUCUAAAGAAUUAGAAGAAUUAGCCGAUCGUGUACGACAAGAUGAACAACGUGAAGAAGAAAUGCGUCGUGAAGUAUUUGGACAAAAACAAAAAUUUGUUGAAGCUGAAGCAUCACGAGAAGUUUUACGUAAAGAAUUAGCUAAUAUUCAACGACAUUAUGUUGAAUUAGAAGAUGAACAACGAAUGAAAGAACGAGAUUAUAAAUUAGCUGUUGAAGAUGCUCGACGUCUUGAACGUAAAGCAAUAGAAGAACGACGACAUGUUGAAUUAGCACUAGAAAGUGCAAAUCAAAUGAUUUCUGAAUUACGUAUUGCAUUAUCAGGUGCUGAAGGACGAGCAAGUGCACUUGAUACACAAUUAGCACGUGUGGAAGGAGCUAAACGUGAUGCUGAAUAUAAAUUAGGUAGUAUUGUAUCAAGUUUACGUCGUACAAUUGGUUAUGGUUCACGUAGUCGUAGUAGUGCACGACUUCGAAGUCGUUCACCAAGUCCAGAUAUUCGUCGUCGACCAAUAUCACCAACAAAAGGUUUUGAUAGUAUUGAAAAUCGAGCAUCACCUAUAUUACGACGAGUAUCACGUAGUCCACAUCAUCGUUCACGUUCACCAGGUUAUGAUGUUGAGCGUGCUCGUUCACCUGGUUCAACAUUUGUUGAUGUAGCUGAUAUUGAUCCAGAACAAAUUCGUUCAGCAUUAAGAGAUUUUGUUCAAAGUUUUAUUUCUACUGAACGUGAUCGAGAUGAUUGUGCUUCUGAAGCUACACAAUUACGUCGAAUUAAUAAAGAACUUGAAGAUAAUCUGUCAAGAGCAGAACUACGAUAUAAUCAAUUACAAAAAACACUCAUGUCAUUUGAAGAAGACAAAAAAGGUAUCGAUACUCGUUUACAAAGUGCUCAAAGUGCCUUAUUAUUACAUGAAGAUACUAUUCGACGAAGUGAACGUGAACGUAAAACAAUGAUAGAUCAAAUAACUGCACUUGAACGACAAUUAUUAGCUAUGGAAAAUGAAAAGAAACAAAUUAUUGAAAAAAUGAGUUUAUCAAAAUCGGGUGAAUCACGUUUAUCCGAUGAAAAACGACAAUUAAAACGAGCGUUAGAAGAAAAUGACGCUCGUACAACUGAACUUGAAAUGAUAAAACGAGGAUUAGAAGGUGAAAUUCAACGUUUAAAUAUGAUUCUUACGGAUAAAGAUACUGAAAUUCAAGUACAUCAAGAACGAUGUGAAACAUUAAUUAGACAAAUUCAAGAUCGUGAAGAAAAAUGUCAAUCAUUACAAUUAAGUGUUGAUCGUCUUUCUUUAACAUUAGCUAAAGUUGAAGAAGGAGAAUCAAGUUUAAAAACUCGUGUACAAUCACUUAAUCAAACAUUAUCACAAACAAAUUAUCAAGCAGCUGAUUUACAACAAAAGCUUGGUAGUUUACAAAGUGCUUUACAAAGUAGUGAAGCUGAUCGUCGUGUAUUACAAGAUAAACUUGAACAAUCACGAUCACAAGUUAGUGAACUUAAAAAACAAAAUCAUGAAUUACUUGAACGUGUACAUCAUCUUCAAAAUGAAGUUACUGAUUCAGAUAUGAGACGACAUGAAUUAGAAAAUCAAUUACGAAAUACGAAUACACUUCUUGUUCAACGUCAAGAAAGUGAACAAGAAGCAAUUCAAAAGAUUUCAAUAUUAACAUCGGAUAAACAAGCAUUACAAGAGAAGAACGCUCUUUUACAACGACAAUUAGGCAAUCUUGAUCUUGAAAAACGUGAAGCUGAAAGAUCAAAAUUACGUUUAGAAAAAGAUAAAAAUGUUCUAAAAAAAACUUUAGAUAAAGUUGAACGUGAACGUGUUGUUACUGAAGAUAUUGUUCGUUCAUGGGAUCGAACAGAAUUCGAUCGACAAUUUCGUCGAAUCGAAGAAGAAAAUCAAGCUUUACAAAAACAAAUAGAGCAUUUACAAGCAGCUCUUAGCGAAUCUGAACAACAACAUGCACAACGUCUAAUUGAUUUCACAACACGUAAUAGACGUGAAACCGAGGCUGAAACUGAACGUAUUCGAACAUCUCAAACAGCUGCUGAACGUGCUUUAGAAGCACGAGAAAAAGCACAUCGAGCACGUGUUAAAGGUCUCGAAGAACAAAUUACAGCAUUAAAAGAGCAACUUCAUCAAGAAAUGCGUAAACGUCAAACAUUUCUUACUCGUUCAUUAACUAAUGGAGAUGAAAUUAGUGCACUUCGUCGUGAAAUUACUGAUUCAUUAUCUUUUGUAUCACAAGAUCCACGUGGUCUUGAUCCAGUCCUUUUAGAUCAUGAAACAAAACGAUUAGCAGAUAUACAUGAACCACCUGUACGUCAUCGUUCACCAAAUCGACGUACUCUAUCACCAUCUAUUGCUGUACGUUCAAUGAGAGCUGCAGCUACUGCAGCUGCAACAUCGCCAUCUCAAAUCGGUUCUCAAUCACCGAGUACACGCGCGAGAUCAUCACGGCCACGCUAUUAA